CCUUGUCUUUUGGAUGAUCAUAUGAGUCGGGUGAAGAAAUCUGCCAAUGCCAAGUUCAAGGCAUCUCACGAAACUCUGAGUGCGAGCGAAGCAAAAAUGCAAGAGGAUCCCAAGUCUAGUUGGGAUAGCACCAGCCUGAGCUCAAUAUCCACUUCCAAAACGUCUAACGAAAACCUUGACUCCCCGGAAGACACCGACCAAAAACUGGAAGAGGUGAAAAAUGGAAAGCCACAAGAACCACUCUUAAAUGACCAAUCUGUGUCGGGCACCCCCGCAAUCAGGAAUGUUCCAUCACCUUGCUGCAGCCCUCCUAUGGAAGCCGAUCGGACGGGGCAAAACUGCACUUUAAAAUCUAAGUCCCCUACCUUGGCCAGUGUGUGUGAAGCUUUGACCACCAUGUCACCCCCCCACCCGCCAAAAAGCUGGCUUUGUCAGCCAAAAAGGGCAGCAUGCUGCAGAAGGGAAGCAGAAAUGACGUUUACUGCCCUCCGCCCCACUCCAUCACCACCGGCUCUGCUCAUCCCAUCUCCGUCUCCCCCGGUCCUACCACACCCCAGCUUCUCCAUAAGCAUCGAGACUCUCCGCAAGCCUCAGACAGCUUCCCCGGGACUUGUAGUAACACUUUUAAACACAAACCAUUCAAACUCCAUGAGAAACACAAAAGACCAGGUGUAGAAUCUCCCCAACAUUUCACUCCAUCAGGCCACCCAUCCAGGCUUUGCAGUACCUCCAAAUGGACUCUCUUGCCCCAGGAACCAGCUGGAGACCUCUGCACUACCACAGCACAGGACAGCAUCUCGGCACAAAAGAGUCAACUGCAUAUCAUCAGCUGCAAUGGGAACAGCAGGGUCAGAGAAGAAAGCAGCAUAAGGAAAAAACACAAGAAGAAAAAGAGGAAAGCGUCUGAAUCAUCAGAAAUUAUGGAAAGGACAGAAAAAGUUAUAUCCCAUUUGGACCCUGAAAGACAAAAACUUAAACUAGAGAAAACUAAAAUCAAACCAAAGAAAGCCAAAAGUUUGCAGGGCCACACCUCUCCAAAACCUGUACCAGAGCCAACGAACAAUGUUGAGAGUUCUCAGGAGACCAUGAGGAAAAAGAAAAAGAGGAGAAAAGAGGAGAGACCAGUAGAUUAUUCAGACAGGGAGAGUGCAGCAUCAGUGAAAAGUACAAACAUAGUGUCACUCCAGGAUGCACAAGGGGAUCAUGAAAUCAUGAAAAUAAAGAAGAAGAAAAAGCAUAAAUUGCACAAGCAUGAUAGUCAAGAGAGUGAAGAGAGCGAAUCUGCCAAAGGACAAAAGCAUAAAGCUCAGGAAAUAAAUUGUGACUCUGUUUUUUAUGGGGCAGCCCCCAUCCAAAAAUGGAUACAAAAGGGCUUCCCUCCAAUUUCCCGUUUUCAAAAAAAAAAGCCCGGAUGGCCGGGGGUGGCCCCGGGGAAAAUUGGGGUGUUGUUUAAGGCUACUGAAGAAGCCGGCAAAAAAGCCCAUGGGCCCCAAGGUGAGAUUUUG